GAUGACAUCAUUCUCACGCGCCACACAAAGCGCGGAGGCGGAGGGGACUGGUCUCGUGCACGUUGAUGUUUUUUGUGAGUCUUCUGCAGACGGUUCAUCAUCAUCAUCAUCAUCAUCAUCACGGCUUCAUCCGAGCAGCUUGACUCCGAGCAGACAUGUCAGUCACCGAGAUGUUCAGCUACAUUCAGGGCUUCCUGAGCGCCGACCAGGACGUCAGAGAGGAUAUCCGUAAGGUGGUCCAGAUGUUGGAGCAGACUGCUAGAGAAAUACUAACAGUGCUCCAAAGUGUCCACCAACCAUCGGGGUUCAAAGAAAUUCCCGGUAAAUGUGCAAAAGCACGGGAGUUGUUCUGCACAGUCCGCACACACAUCGCUGACCUCAAAACUAAAUUUCCUGUGGAGCAGUAUUACAGGUUCCAUGAACACUGGCGGUUUGUCCUGCAGCGAUUGGCUUUCUUAUCAGCGUUUGUCGUUUACCUGGAGAGUGAAGCUCUUGUGACUCGAGAGGAAGUGGCCCAGAUACUCGGCAUUGAGGUGGUGCGAGAGAGAGGUUUUCACCUGGACGUAGAGGACUACCUGGCAGGAGUGCUGAUCAUGGCUAGUGAACUGUCACGGUUGGCAGUAAACAGCGUCACAGCAGGAGACUACAACCGGCCGCUGCGCAUCUCCAACUUCAUCAACGAGCUGGACUCAGGCUUCCGCCUGCUCAACCUGAAGAACGACCCACUGCGUAAGCGCUACGAUGGCCUCAAGUAUGAUGUGAAGAAGAUCGAAGAGGUGGUUUAUGACCUGUCCAUCCGCGGGCUCGCCAAGGAGCCCGAGUCUGGCUUGGACAAGUAAAGGUCGACGGUGGUGAUUGGCUGUGGGAGACGGAGGAGGGCUGGGACCUCUCCACGGCUGCUGCACCUUACCCCAAGAUGGAAGGCAAGACCCAGGGAUCUACCUGAGGCCCCAGCAGCUGAGGACAGACUGUGCGCGAGUGUGUGUGUUUGUCUGUGUAAAUGAAUGCAUGAGAAGUGCUUUAGAUGGAUGGCAGUCUGUCAGAAGGGUGGCAGAGACGGCGACUGAGUUUGGCGCCAUUGUCCACUCUUUGUUGCAGUUUUUUUUGACCGUGUGUUGGAGCUGCGUUCACCAUUUCAUCUGAGUCAUGUUGUUUCACUUGAGUCGGUAUUGCAACGGUUUCAUCUUAUUCACAAAGUCACCUUCUUAUUAAACUACAUUAUAUUGGUGUUUAGUUCUGUGGAAAGUGUUCAAACAUGCAGAGCUUAUUUUUGUGGAUAUUUGUGUUUAUUUGCAAAAAGAAAACGUGAAAUGUAUUUGUGUUGUCCACCACAUAGUUUGACGCCUGGUGAUUAUUUCUUUAAAAUGGAUACAUUCAGGCGCCUCAUUUAUGGGUUAAAUAACUGAUAAUUCAGUUGAGUAUCCAAAACUCCAAAAAUACAUUUGACUACAUUCUUACCAGAUUUAAUCUCUGAAUUUCAUAAAGAAACCUCAGUUUGGGUUGUGAUCAUCAGCAUCUAACCCGCAUGUUCUUAAUUUUUCACAAUGAGGCUCCAGGAGAGGUCGAGCCAAAGAAAUGACAAAAAUACCCACAUAAAGCUACUCUGUGAUGGUUUGAUUCUUUUGUUUUUUUUUCCUGCCUUGCAGAACUGUGCCAAUGAGUAUGUCCGUUAAGCUGUUUGAAUAUUUCGGUUGUCGGGCGAUAAAGCUUUUAUCUGGAAAUCCAGGAGUGCAUACAAAAUGUUCAGAAUGUCAUGUACUGCAUGUGAUACGUUUGCCGUUUUCCUUCAGGAAAUGUGGUUUGUUUCUAUAAUCCAUGCUUCUGUUUGCCUUCAUAUCGUAGUGGAGCCGGAUUGUAUUUUCUAGAAAUAAUUCACUGUCGCCAUCCUGUGUGUUUCCUGGACUGAUAAGUGCAUUCCACUUGUACUGUGAGUAUUCCUGUUUUUGAAUCAGUCGUCCUAAAGAUGCUUAAAAUAACUGUAAAUACAUUUCUACGUUCUACA